AUGAAAACCUUCGCCAGACCAUUGCGGUCUUGCAAUGGAUAUCCACAACGCCUCUACACCUCGAGGACUUUCGCGCGAUCCUCCAUUGCAUCGCGUCACCCAUCGCCUUCAGCCCAUAAGUGGUCCCAUCCACCCAGCUCCACAACCAUCGCCGACGAUGAUGUAGCAAGCCUUGCUAGUGAGCAAUUACAUUCCCUCAGCUUGGCAGACCUGGUAAAAGAGGGACGCCCUCCGCUCUCUGAGAAAGCACUGUUUUCUUCAGCGAACUUCACCCUCUCACUCCUUCCAAUCCGUCUGGCACAUAGAAUACAAGCUUUACGCAAUCUGCCCUUCAUUGUGGUAUCGAAUCCGAACAUCUCCACCAUAUACAACAACUACCUACAUUCUCUAUCGACUCUACUGCCAUACAAGUCUAGGACCAUAUCUACACUCGAGGAAGAGAUCAAAUUUACGAGUGUGCUCGCGGAUUUGGUGGAGACACAUUCACAUACAAUCCCAACACUAGCUAGAGGCUUCCUUGAGUGCAGGAAAUACAUCAACCCAGAAGAGGUCACCAGAUUCUUGGAUGAACAUCUGCGAGCCAGGAUAGGAACGAGGCUGAUCGCCGAGCAGCACAUUGCCUUACAUCUCUCAUCACAGCCCCAUCAAGACACAAACGCCAACGCCCCAGAAGGAGACCUCUCGUCUUCAUACAUUGGAGUCAUUGACACGGCUUUACAGCCAGCGUCGAUUAUCAACUCGUGCGGAAACUUUGUCUCGGAAAUCUGCGAGCUAAAGUAUGGCGUACGACCAACAUGGAUAAUUGAUGGAGAGCCGGGCACAACCUUUGCGUACGUGCCUGUGCACUUGGAAUACAUUAUUACGGAGCUGCUGAAGAAUGCCUUCCGUGCAACAGUUGAAUCAGGAAGAUCUCACGAGCCAGUCGUCAUCACCAUUGCCGCAGAGCCGGAGUCACCUAGAGGCGGGCUUUCCAGGUCAGAAAGAGGGACUAACAACGCCCCAAUCGACAGCAACUCCCCUAUCAGACCAUUCGAGGAUCCGGCACCUGGAGUCACCAUUCGCAUACGCGACAGAGGAGGUGGAAUCAGCCCGGAGGUUCUGCCUGAUAUCUGGUCUUAUUCAUUUACUACCUUUUCGGACGAAGAAUUGCCAGGCAGUGGAGGUGGAAGUAUGGAUGCACUCAAUGCUCUGUCCGGUGCUGGUGGAGGAGAAGGGAGCUCUAUUGCUGGCUUGGGCUAUGGAUUACCGCUUGGAAGAGCCUAUGCGGAGUACUUUGGUGGGGGAAUCGCAAUGCAAAGUCUGUAUGGCUGGGGGUGUGAUGUCUACCUCAGGCUUAAGGGACUCGGCAAACCUAAAAGUUGA